ACGAAAUAGUUUCAUCAGGAACUCCCUGAACGAAUCAAUGCGAAACGCGUGACUGUCUACUAAAAAGUCCGGCUUUUCUAACUAUUGCAAAGCAACGCUAAUCAGGAAUUAUUGAUUCGAGCCAAAUUUGCGACGUUCACCCUCACUCCUAAAUGCUACCAAAUGAAGGCCACUCUAUUUAAGCUGGUCACGCCGUGCGUCGUUUCUAGUCCGUUAUAUAGCCAUGAGUUGCCCCCUACUGAAGCCACGCUAAGUCAAUUGUUUCGUCUAAAGCAACAGAAUAUUAUUCGGACGCAUUUCGCUCAAGACGUCCAUAUUAUAAGACGUCUCGUUGUAAUAGCAGGGUUUUGCACGUUGCGUUUUUUGUCUCUGCUCGCAUUCAAGCACGUCAAACGUGACUUGCCCGUGUGGCAACGUGAAUGGACUUCAAGGAAACUCGUGAUAUAACCUAUGUCGUACCAACCUUGAAAAUUGCGUUGGCCUGCCUAACUGUGUUGAUAGUUACGUGCAACGAAAAUACGAAAUUGGAUAGAGAAUUAAAAUAAAUCCACUAACGAUGAUCUCAAGAAGGCCUAUGCUCCUAUUAAUGGCCAUAUUUUGGUCAAGUCAACAGUUUGUUGCAGCUCAGCUCAAUUCGUUUGGCCUGGGGCAAUUUGGUAAUCAACACCUCAGCACGGGCCCUUUCGGAGGUUCCACAGGGCCAUACGGUGACUUCGAGGAAGGCGCUUUCAGCCAAUUUCAAAGGGUAUCGGCAAACGGACCUCAAUUUAACCUAAAUUCGCUAAUGGGAUAUGGGAUACCCCCAGGCGUUAACUUCGGUUCUCAAGCACGGGCAGAAGGCUUCGACUCACAGGGAAAUUACGCCCCAGGAGGAUUCGGCGCCGGACAAAGCUUCUCAACGGCAGCUCAAAGCAAUUUUCCUCAAGAGUUCUCAAAUCAAAAUGGCCAGUUUGGCCAAGAUGUAGUGGGUCAGCAAGGUCAUCAGAUUAGUCAGGCCGAACUUAACCAUGCUCAGCUUGGUGCGACAGGACAGUUCAGCCAGGACCAAGCAGCUCUACAGCCUCAAGUCGACCGCCUUCAACAAGGAGGACACGGUCCACAAACUGGGUUUUCACGUAUUCAUAACCAUGGUCCCGAACCCGUGCAAGAUUUAGCCCAAGUGAGUGUGGGCCAACACGGACGAGGAGACGGAUAUAACCAGGGUGCUGCCGUUCUUGGCCAGCCAGGCCAACCUGUUCUCAGACCAAGCCAACAACGGAACGUUCCUCUACCAGGACAUAUCAGUGGUACAAGGCAUUUAUCCGAACAACACGACCAGCAGGCUCAGCAACUGCCUCAUCAUCAACAACAUCCCCAAGAACAACACGGCAGCUCAGGACACAACACGCACGCUGUCCAGCAUUUAGCGUCUCAAUCUCGUGAUCACCAGGGGGGUCAUCCAAGCGAGGGUGUGGGUACCCACGGAAUCCACAAUAGAGGCCACGAGCAAGCUAACGGUGAAACCCUUCAAGGCAAAGCCCUCCUUCAAAAUCAUCACCAACAAACCGACGGCACUAGACAGUACAACAAGGUUAACUACAAUGAUGUUUCGCAAUAUACUCAACAGUACGAUGGCCAACAGUUAGGCCUCCAGGUUCCGCCACAAUAUCAACAGCAAGUACUAGCCGGCGUUCAGCACAAAGAUGGCGGAAAAGGCGGUCACGGCACAGCAGCAGCUUCAACCCACCCCACAUUACAGGGGAUACCCCUCGAAGCUUUCGCCCAGUAUCAAGACGAACAGCUGGGGAAGAGAACCUUUCAAAAGCAUGAUAGUGAACAACGGAGUGCUCGCCACGAUGAUCAAUUGAGCUAUCUAGUUGGUCAACAAGAGGCUCACCAACAGCGUUAAGAAUCUCCGUGUGCAAAUAAACGAUAUUAUCAUUAUUACGUAUGAAACCGAGGAACGUGUUAAUUUUGACGCUAUCUAUAUAGUAUA